CAGGGCGGCGGCGGCGGCGGCUCCGGGAUCGGGAUCGGCCCCGGGAUCGGGAUGGCGGGGCCGGGGUUGGAGCGGUACCGGCUGGCGCUGCUGGCGGCGCGGGAGGACGUGGGGAACCCCCGGGCUGGGACCGACUGGGCCGUCUUUGGCUAUGAGAAGCACCACGACCUCAAGCUCCUGGAUUCCGGAGCCGGGGGACCGGAUGAGCUCGCUGGAAAAUUCUCUGCGGGCAGCGUCAUGUACGGGCUGUGCCGGGUCCCCGAUCCCGGCUCCGGCACCCCCAGGAUCGUCCUUAUCAGCUGGGUGGGGGAAAAGGUGCCGGAACCGCAGCGGGCGGCGUGUGCCGGGCACCUGCCGGCCAUCCGGAGCUUCUUCAGGGAGGCCACGGCCGUGAUCAGCGCCCGGCGCCCCGAGGAGGUGACGCUGGAGGGGCUGCGCCGAGUGCUGGCACAGCUGGAGCCCCCCGCCCCUCGCCCUCCCAGGAGGACCCCCCAGGACACCCCCGAGCUGGUGGGCACCAACUACCGCAAGACCAACCCGGCGCUGGAGCUGCAGCGCACCCAGCGCGAUUCCUUCUGGGAGCAGGCUGAGCGCGAGGAGCAGCAGCGGAAGGAGCAGGAGAAGCAGCGGGAGCGGGAGCAGCGGCGGCGCUGGGAGCGGGAGCGCAUGGAGGAGGAGCGGCUGCAGGCGGCGGAGCGGGAGCGGCGGCUGCAGGAGCGGGAGCGGCUCAUCGAGGAGCGCCGGCAGGAGCAGGCGCGGCUGGAUGCGGAGGAGCGCAGGAAGGAGCAGGAGCGAUGGGAGCAGCAGCAGCGGGAGCAGGAGGCGGCCGAGCGGGAGCGCGGGGGUCGCACCGGCCUCAGCGGGACGGCGGCCGAAGCCGCCAUCCUGGUGUCCCAGCGCACCCAGAACCCCCGGGAAUUCUUCCGGCAGCGGGAGCGCUCGGGGUCCACAUCCACAUCCACAUCCACAUGCACAUCGCCGCUGGCCGGCAGCACCCCCGGUGCCCGCCGGCCCUUCCUGCGGUACCAGCGCAGCCUGACGGAAUCCGCCUUCAUCUUCCGCCGGCCGGAGCCCCCCCAGACCCCCCCGCCCGGCGCCUCCCGGGGGCACCGCCCGCCAGCCCCCGCCGGCCGCCGCCGCCUCUGCCCCCCGGACACCCUGGGGACCCCUCCCAGCCCAGCCCGAGCAGGGUCCCCCCAUGCCACCAGUCCUGUGGGGACAGGGAUCCCCCAAAGUGCCACCACCGGGACCCCCUCCAGCCCCCUGGGGACGGGGACCCCUCCCUGUGCCACCCCAGGGAGCCCCCCCAGCCCUGUGGUGACGGUCACCCCCCAAAGUGCCACCACCGGGACCCCCUCCAGCCCCAUGGGGAUGGGGACCCCUCCCUGUGCCACCCUGGGGACCCCCGAUUUUGCCACCACCAGCUCAGGGUCCCCCCCUGCCAUGCCUGGGCCACCUCCCAGCCCCCCCCGCAUGGGGGUCCCCCCUGUCCCCUCUGGGCCGGGCCCUUCUGAAAGCACUUGUGGGGUGCAGCCCCUCCCUCCUUGCAGCGCUCCGGCCUGGGGGUGCCCCCCCAGCCCCCCCCGGGAUGUGCAGGGGCCCCCCCCGGACAGUCCCCCCCUCCCCAGCCCCCCAGCAUGGGAAUCCCUGGGGCCGCUGCUCGAGGAUGUCCCCAGCCCGCAGGAGGGGUCCCCAAAACCCCCGGCAGGGCGCCCCCGCCCGCUGCAGGAGCCGCAGGAUUUGGGGCGCAACGGAAUCGGGGGGCACGAGUGGGGGGGGCGCUGGGAGACCCCCUGGGAACCGGGACCCCCCCCGGGGCAGGGGGAGGAGCCCGGCGAGAGCCUCGUCCUGCACAAAGCCACGCCAGGCUUCGCGCUGCUGCUGGCCCGGGACGCCCCCCACCCACCGCUUUUGGGGGGUCCCACCCCCCCCACCGAGGACGAGGACCUCUCCCCCCACGCUGUGUAAUGGGGGGGGGUCAGCACCUCUUUUUGGGGUGGGGGGGGUCCCCCCUAUGGCACCACAGCACACCCCCAGCACAGCCUCCACCCCCCCCUUUGCACCCCAAAAGAGCAGCUUGGGGAGGGGGCAGCACCCCAAAACCCCCCCACCCCACAUGGGCACAGGGACCCCACGCCCCCCUCCCCACCCAAAAUCACA